AAUUUCACACCGUUUCCAAUCGAUUGCCGUAGAUGAAUGUGCUCCAGAAAGCGUUCGCGGCCAGUGUAAAAACCAUCCCACGCAAUGGAUUGCUGCGCCAUUCGUCCCACUUUGUGUACCAACCCGAUGCUAAGCCACCGGUCGAAGGGCCCACACAGAAGAUGAACAUGUUCCAGGCCAUCAACCAAGCGAUGGAUAUAGCGCUGGAGCAGAACGAAUCGGCCCUGGUGUUUGGUGAGGACGUGGCGUUCGGUGGCGUGUUUCGUUGCUCGAUGGGACUGCAGAAAAAGUAUGGCAAGCAGCGGGUCUUUAAUACGCCACUCUGCGAACAAGGUAUUGCAGGGUUUGCGAUCGGUGUGGCCAAUACGGGUGCGAAAGCGAUCGCUGAGAUGCAGUUUGCCGAUUACAUCUUUCCGGCGUUUGAUCAGAUUGUGAAUGAGGCAGCUAAAUAUCGGUACCGUAGCGGAAAUCUGUACGAUUGCGGUUCGCUCACCUUCCGUGCACCGUGCGGUGCGGUAGGGCAUGGUGCCUGCUAUCAUUCCCAAAGCCCUGAAGCUUACUUUGCUCACACGCCUGGACUGAAGGUGGUAGUGCCGAGAGGGCCGAACAAGGCGAAGGGAUUGCUGUUGGCCUGCGUGAAGGAAAAUGAUCCGUGCAUUGUGUUCGAACCGAAAACACUGUACCGUGCUGCGGUGGAAGAGGUCCCGGUCGCUGCUUUUGAAUCGCCGAUCGGUAAAGCGGACGUGCUGCGAGCUGGAACCGACAUCACACUGAUCGGUUGGGGUACACAGAUUCACGUGCUGCAGGAAGUGGCCAACAUGGCAAAGAAGGAGCUCGAUGUUAGCUGUGAGGUGAUCGAUCUCGUUUCGAUCCUCCCGUGGGACAAGGAAACGAUUUGUAACUCGGUGAAGAAAACUGGACGCGUACUGAUCGCACACGAAGCACCGCUGACGAACGGAUUCGGUGCCGAGUUGGCCGCUACCAUCCAGGAAGAAUGUUUUCUGCAUCUGGAAUCGCCGGUGCUGAGGGUGACCGGUUGGGACACACCGUUCCCGCACGUAUUCGAACCAUUCUACAUUCCCGACAAGCACCGCUGUCUGGCGGGUAUACGAAAGCUGAUCGAUUACUAA